CAGGGGGAAGGUGGAUCUGUGGCAGGCAGCUGAGUGCUGAGCUCAGAGCGCUGCUGUCAGAGGGACAGACGGAGCGAGCAGAGAGAAGCUGCUGCCUUCAGAAAAUGGCCGACAGAUUUUCUAGAUUCAACGAAGAACGUGAUUUCCAGGGGGGAAAUCACUUUGACCAGUAUGAAGAGGGCCAGUUGGAGUUGGAGCAGGCGUCCUUGGACAAGCCCAUAGAAUCGGAUAACAUCGGACACCGGUUGCUACAGAAACAUGGAUGGAAGUUGGGGCAAGGCCUGGGCAAAACAAUGCAGGGACGCACUGACCCUGUGCCCAUUAUCAUCAAACAUGACGUUAUGGGGAUGGGACGAAUGGAGAUGGAGCUCGACUAUGCAGAAGAUGCCACAGAAAAAAGAAGAGUUCUGGAAAUUGAAAAAGAGGACACAGAGGAACUACGGCAGAAAUACAAGGACCAGGUGGAAAAAGAAAAGGCCAUCGCAAAGGCUCUGGAAGACCUGAGAGCCAACUUCUACUGUGAGCUGUGUGACAAGCAGUACACCAAGCAUCAAGAGUUUGACAACCACAUCAACUCAUAUGACCAUGCUCACAAACAGAGACUGAAGGAGUUAAAACAGCGAGAGUUUGCAAGAAAUGUGUCAUUGCGUUCUCGGAAAGGUGGAAAAAAGCAAGAAAAAAUGUUGCGUAGAUUACAUGUGUUGGCUGAGCAAAGGAAACAGCAGGACAGUACUCCUGGAAGUGGACCGAAGUUUAAAACCACUACAGUGGCCGUAGAUGGAGAAAAUGUUGAGGAUAGUGACAUGGCAUUAGAAAACGUGCCAGAAAUUGCAUUGGAAGCCCCAGUUACAGACAAAAGUGAACAAGCAUCCCCAAAGCAAGGCUCGACCAUCAGUUUCUCUCUUGGCAAAAACAGUUCUUCCUCCCCUACUCCGAGCAGCGGUGGAUCAAAAGUUAGUGUUUCCUUUUCAUUCGCAAAGAAAACGCCAGUGAAGCUUGAGACAGCGGCUGCUGUGUUCACAGAUCAUGGUGAGGAGAUUGUAGAAGAAGGCGAAAGUCAAAAUGGAGAAAAGGCUGCAGGACAAGAGGAGGGAGUGGGGGGAGGUACGGAGAGCCCAAAGCCAGGAUCAGAAGGGGGUGAGGCAGUAGAGGCAGUUACAGUAGCCCCCACAGAAGAGGAACAACAGCCUGAUGAUGGGGCGUCUCUAGCGUCGACUCUGAACAAAUUGAAAAUGAUGAUGAAGAAAGAGGAUGGGUAUUGUGGACAGGAACCUCAGUACUAUCAUUAUAUCCCGCCUGCUCACUGUCGGGUCAAGCCUCACUUUCAGUUCUUGUUAUUCAUGAAAGCAACAGACCAGAAUCAAAGCAAAGAUGAGGAAGAGAAGGAAAAAGAGGAGAAAGAGGGGAAAACUACUGAAGUUACCCCAGAACAGAAGGAGGCUAAUGUAAAUGAAUCUACAGUAGUUAUAAAUGAGGUGACGCUAGCCAAUGUAGCUGAAACAAAAAACAGUGAAAGUAAAACAAAUGAAACUAGAACUAGUGAAAAUACAUCGACCAGUGAAAAUAAAUCCACAAGAAGUAAGAAACAGUCAAAGAAAACUACAAACGAAUCAACAACAGUAAAAGAAAUAAAAGAGAUAGAAAGUAAUCCAACAUCAGCACCAGAAGCUGACCCUCCACCUCCAGAUUUGAAAAAGGAGGAAACACCACCAUGUUCAGCAAACACAACACCCCCUGAUACUACCUCUGCACCUAAAACUGACAACACUCAAGAGGCAGUAAAUUCAGACCAGGGCCCUAAAAUACCUACUGGUCCUUUUUUCCCUGUUUUGAGUAAAGAUGAAAGCACUACUUUACAGUGGCCGUCUGAGCUUCUUGAAUUUACUAAAGCCCAGCCCUCUCUGUCGUACAGUUGUAAUCCGCUUUACUUUGAUUUCAAAUUGUCUCGUAAUAAAGGUGUACGAAAUGCAAAACUAUCAAAAUCUCCUAAACCCGAAGGAUCAGAUGAAAAAGUACAAACAGCUGCUUCAACAACUGAAGCUGAUUCCACUGAUAAACCUGGUUCAAGCACCGACAAAGAGAAGGCAGCUCCAAAGGAGGAGCCUGUACAACCAGACAGUGAUGCACUGAAAGCAGCAAGUGGUAGUGCCAAGAAAAAGAAAAAAAAGAAAAAGCACAAGAAGUCGUCCAAACAUUCAAAGCGCAAAGAAAAGGACAAAGGAGCAGGUGAAGAGGCAGAGGGAGAGGGGGAAUCAGCCCAAGAAAAAACUAAAAAGAAGAAAAAGCACAAACGAAAGAAAAGCAAAAAUAAAGGUCCAGACCAAGAGGAGCCUUCAGGUGAGGAGAAAGACAAGUCUAAGGUGAAGUCUGAGGAUAAAGUGCCAUCAAAUCAACCAACCACAGUGAGUGCAUCCACUGGCAGCACUGGAGCUGAACCAGGGAAGAGGAAACGUGCUACAAAAGAAGUGCCUUCUAAAUCUGGAGCAGAGGAGGGAGCGUCUGCAAAAGGCAGUGAUAAACCAAACUCACUAGAGGAGCACAGUGGCACCAAGCGUCAGAAGACUGAUGCGAGUGUAGUGCAAAGUGCCUCCUGCUCCACAUCUGCCCAGAAGAGUCCAGCUUCUGGUCGACCCCCCAGCAGCGACAGUGAGGAUGGAGGCUCAAACCAACGCUCACGCCAUCACAAGUCCAGUCCCCGAGACCGGAGACACCACAGCGAGGAGUCAGGACGCUCCCACAGCCGCUCCCCCCGACGAGGGGAGAGGCGGGGUAGUAGUCGAAGACGACAUCGUGGUCAAACCUCCCGCAGUCGCUCUUACUCUAGCAGCUCAGAGCGCUCCUCUCGAGGCAGCAGCCGCUACAGUCACCGCAGCCGCAGCUACUCUGAGAGUUACAGUGACUACAGCACAGAGGGGCACAGGCGCCGUCAUUCCAAACGCUCAUCAGAUUCUGAGUAUGAGAGACGGGGCAGUAGAGGGCGCAGGCGGUCCAGGAGACAUCAGUACUCCUCCUCUUCCUCUGACGACUCACGCUCUCGCUCACGCAGCUACAGCCGCCGCAAGCGGCAUCGGAGGCAUCACCACAGUAGCUCCCGGAGCUCAAGUAGCUGGAGCCGCAGUACCAGCGGCAGGUCCUGGAGACGGAGCUACAGCCGCAGCCACAGUUCUGCCAGCCGCUCCUCGUCCUCUACUAAAGGCUCACCCCAUCGCAGGGGGGCCAGGAGCAGAGCAGACAGUGACACACAUCGCAGAGACUUUAACCGCUCUCGCAUCUACCGCUCCCAGUCACCUCGGGCGUCCUCCUCACGAGGCCUUAACCGCAGCACGCAUUCAUCGAGUUCACAGGCUCUGAGAGUAGGCGGCUCUCGAGAUGCAGGAGAACAGAAAAACACACUUACAGCUCGACAGCUUCUGGAAAAAGUACAGUCCAAGAAGAGCUCUGAUGAUACUGCUCCAGGAACUAAAUCUGGAGGUAAAAUCAAGGACCCGCCACAGGGUUACUUUGGCCCCAAGCUUCCCCCCACUCUGGGAAACAAAGCCAUGCUACCACUCUUUGGUAAACUACAGGCAGGAAAGAAGCCAGUGAUUCCUCUCACCAGACCAGACGAGGGCGACAAAGGAAAGGGUUCAGAGGCUGACAGUGAGAUCAUCCUGGUGGAGCCCAUUCGAGAGUUUCCCCCUCCACCUCCGCCCCCAGCUCCGCCAGUACAGAAGGUGCAGGAGGCCCCCCAGAGCACAGCUGUGCCAGAAGAGGCUCAGCAGCCUCCCACUGACCAGCAGAUGCUUCAAGAGCCCAGGCCUCUGUUUGAACAGGAAGCACCCAUGAUAAUGGGUCCAUAUCAAGGAGACACUGAGCAAGACCCUUCUCAAAACCCUAUGAUGGAACCACUUAUGCCCGACAUGCAGCAGCAGCCUCCAAUGCACGCCUAUGCUGGUUACCCCCCUGCCCUGGAGGAGGAUGGCCUGGAGGCUGAGGAGGAUGGACUGGCUCCUCUGGAGAGUCAGCCCAUCACUUUCACCCCGGAGGAGAUGGAGAAAUACAGCAAGCUGCAGCAGGCCGCACAGCAGCACAUCCAGCAGCAGCUCCUGGCCAAACAGGUGAAGACGUUUCCCUCGGCAGCGGCUGCUGCGGCAGCUGCAGCUGCGGCCGCUAACCUGGCACCCGCCCCUCCUCCCCCUGCUCUGCAGCAAAUCCACAUCCAACAGCCCACUGUGUCUGUGGCCUCUGGGACCUCCAUCACCACAGUGCAGCACGCCAUUCUGCAGCACCACGCUGCCACUGCAGCUGCCAUGGGCAUUCACCCUGGUCACCCACACCACCCACACCCAGCCCACGCCCAGCUCGCCCAAGUACACCACAUCCCUCAGCACCACCUCACCCCCAUCUCCCUCUCCCCUCUGGGUCCCUCUCUCGGUCACUCUUUAGGACACUCUCUGGGACAUGCUGGCCUCAUUCCGGCCCAUCCCACUGCCUUCCUCUCUGGACAGCCCAUCCACAUCAUCCCAGCGUCUGCUCUUCACCACACUCCUCUGGCCCUGCACCAUGUCCCCCACACAGCUCUGUACCCCACUCUUUUCACCCCGCGGCCCUCUCAAGCCGCUGCAGCAGCAGCGCUCCAGCUGCACCCACUGCUCCAUCCCUUCUUCUCAGGGCAGGACCUCCAACACCCUCCUAACCAUGGCUCUUGAGCAAUGCACAUUUUACCAAACCAGCCAUAUAAAAUUGUCAUGUUAUUGGUCACAUGAUCCAAUCAAUUUUCUUCUGGCCUACAGUGAGAUAACCUAAGAGACACUAACUUUUAUUAACUGUUCUUUAGCCAUUACCAUUUGGUAAUGACCUAAAUCUUUAAGGUGUUUUAUAAUACCUCUGACACUGGUGUUUAUUAAGAACAUUUUUAAACGAGCAAACUACUGGAGUUUUUGUUUUACACAUAAGUUUCUUAAUCUGCUCAGUUUGCAGUUAGCCAAAGAAAUCUACAUACAACAUAUAAUGGCUGACUUGUUAAGUAAAUCAUGUCAGGAAGAGGGUCACGGCAUCAAGUCAAAGCAUGCAUUUCAGGCCUGCUCCUUAUUUCUACUUAUAAUGUGAAGCCCAGUGAUGAUGGUCAUCUUAAAUUCAGAUCUAGUUUCCAAACACGGUACCAUCAUUUUUAAAUAAGAGAGUGAAGCUUGUCUUCAUUACUCUGAGAUGAAGCUAAUGUUUCUUGUGGUAAGGGUUUAUGUGAAUGAAUUGCACUGAUAUCUGUACAUGACAAUGAUGCUUUUUUGCAUCAUGUAACAAUACGAUUGUAGUAUACUGCAAUAAUUGUAUUUUUUCUGUUUUUAAAUUAUUUUCCUAAAUGCUCUUUUAGGAAGAGCUUUUUUGCUUUUGUGUAAUUUUGUAAAUAUAACUGCUGUAGAUUAAUCUGAUGUAACCAUUGUAGAGGUUAAAACUGCUACUGAAAAACAAGUUUAAUGGACAACAAAUGUAUCCAGGUAAAAAUCUCUUAUACUUGUAAAGACUGCAGAGGGCGUAAACAUUAACAACAUGUCAGUAGCAACUAUUAUUUUUUAAAAGAACGACUUUGUUUUGGCAAAUAAAAUGUUGAGUUCAUAUA